AGUUUUUAAAAUCGCUAAAAAUCGAUGAAAAUGCAAUAGUUUAGUGAAUAGUUUUGCUGAAGUAUCGAGAAAAUAUUGUCUAGUUGCUGUUACCACUUUGAAAGCCUAACAAAUGAGGCUAAUUAUCAUUGAAAACGAUGAAAGUUUAAAAAAUGGCAUCUUAUCCCACUUGACCCUACAUAAAUUUUCUUUUAUCGCUGCGCCAACACUCAUUCACCGAGUUUCAUCUGUGCGUAAAUCAAAUUACGGAAAUGGGGAUAAAAUGGGAUUGAAAAACCGUUCAAGUGGAAGUCCUCACCACAUGUUACAUCUUCUGAUACCGAUAGCGCGCACAGUGCACUGCAAAAUGUCGUCCGAAUCAAACGCACUUUCAGUGGAAGCUCUGGACCAGGAAUUUGAGAGCAUUGUUCAGGCUAUUGGAAGUAUGGAACUUUCGGAUUGUGAAAUCUACAAAGUGUUUGCUCCUUUGAGGUGGCAUCUAUUUCGACGGAAAUGGGUGAAACGACUCAAGCUGGUGGCAGUUGUGGUUGUCGUCGCGUUGGCCGUGUACCACAUUCCGUUUCUAAAUUGGAAUGCCUCUGCUGUUGGAAGGCUCGCGAUGAUAAAGGUGUUGCCAUAUUGGGACUGGAGACCACUUUAUAAGGAACGAUGUCUUCUUAAAGAUUUCCCCGGUGUUGUGCAGAAGCAAAGUGUGACUCAACGGCCAUUUGCACUUCCCUUGGAUGACUGUGCAGUAUGCGAAAGCAUUGAUUUCAUACCGAAACGUAAAGCAGUUACUUACGACUAUUUGAAUGAACAUCACUUGUUGAGAAGUUUACCUGUUAUCAUUUCCGAUUCGCAUGAUACGUGGAACAAAACUGCUUGGGAAAACUUGACCGGUUUCAUUGAAUCAAUUGAGCCUUUGCUGUUGGCCAGACCUUGUAAUGUGCAAACCAAUUUGAUAUUUGGCAUUUAUUCUUCUAAAACAUCUGAAAACACAAUGGCUGAUCUUUACGACAUGCUUCUGAAUGUUCGCAAAAACGAGUCGUGGUUCCUGCACUUCCGGAAUUGUGAGCUGAAAACGGUCAAACGAACACGCCUGCUGUUUGAGAAGCCCUAUUUUUACCCAGCCCACUUGGAGAUGCCGUACACAACCUGGAUCUUGAUGUCCAACAGUUAUCGAACAACAGCAUCGAAGGAGUUGAAUUUGGAUGGGCUUAUUGUACUAAGGCAGCUUAAAGGAGUAAUUCGUGUUACCCUGAAGGCUAAAGCAAAGUGCGACCAAGUUUGUAGCGACCUUGUGGCGGAUGUCGGCGAAGGACAGUCAUUGAUUUAUUCUACCAAACUGUGGAUGACGGAAUAUCUGCCAACAAAUUCAAGCGAUACAUCGAUAAGCUUCGUUACGGAGACCUACGAAAGGUGAGUUGACAAUACUCAUAACGAAGAAAAUAUACAUCAUGUCCUCAACAAUAUUCAAAAAAAAAAUUGAAUUAUUUGUCUGAGAAACCACAUCUGCCCGUUAGUAUGGGACAAAAAUCAUAUGGGACCAAAAUGGAAUCCGAAAAGUAAACUGGAACGAGAUUUUUGUUAAUCCAAUAGAAUUUCGUAGGGUUGUUUCC